GUGUUAGUACCCUAGGGGACUUAAAAUGGUGGCCCAGGGUGUGGAACUCCACGGAGCUCAGGGUUCUGCUCAUUGCAACAUCACCUCUGACGUCAGAGCCGGAAUUUUGUAGAACAAAGGCCGAGCAAAGGGUCGGAGUUGACACUACAGACAGAAAAGGAGAGGUGUAGAGCCGCUCCCAGUCCAGCGCAGACCUAACCGAGCAGGCCAGCGCGCCAGGAAGUGGGGAGAGCGCGAUCCCAGCACCAGCAGCGGUGGUUCUGCUGUUCCGCGCGCUCCAGAGGAGCCAUGCUCGCACUCCGAAACGGCCUGAGGAAGGUGCUGGCCCCGUGGGCGCUGGCGCCUCAGGUGUGCUCAUCUUUUGCUACUGGCCGCAGACAAACCGAAGGAACAUUCUAUGAGUUUUGUACUUAUUAUCUUAAACCUUCAAAGAUGAAAGAGUUCCUGAAAAAUUUUAAGAAAAAUGUUCAUCUUCGGACAGCUCACUCGGAAUUGGUUGGAUAUUGGAGUGUAGAAUUUGGAGGCAGAAUAAACAGAGUAUUCCAUAUUUGGAAGUAUGAUAAUUUUGCUCAUCGAGCUGCAGUUUUCAAAGCCUUGGCCAGUGAUCCAGACUGGCAAGAACGAUUCUUCAUUCCAAAUUUGGCUUCCAUUGAUAAACAAGAGAGUGAAAUUGUCUAUCUGGUACCAUGGUGCAAAAUGGGAACGCCUCCCAAGGAAGGAGUCUAUGAACUUGCUACUUUUCUUAUGAAACCUGGUGGCCCAGCUCUAUGGGGUGACCCAUUUGAAAGAGCAGUAACUGCCCAUGCCAAACAAGGCUACACUGAACUAAUUGGUGUGUUUCAUACAGAAUACGGAAAACUCAACAGAGUCCAUGUUCUGUGGUGGAACGAGAGCGCGGACAGUCGUGCAGCGGGGAGACAUCAGUCUCAUGAGGAUCCCAGAGUCGUGGCUGCUGUUCGGGAAAGUGUCAAUUACCUAGAUAUGCAGCAGAAUAUGUUCCUAAUUCCUGAGUCAUUUUCACCAUUGAAAUAGUUUCCUACCGACGGUUUCAGUACCUGAUGUGAUGUGUGCCAGUAGACGGUGUUUCAAUUCUCUCAAUCGAAUUUCUACUUUUUAUUUGAAGGAAGUGGUAAGUUAAUUUAUUAUGUCCCUUGCAUUUUUUAAGCCCAUCUAGGUCCCUUUUAUUAAACCCAUCUCUACAUGGGAAAUAGAAUUCAUUUUUCCCCAUGCCACCUCAUUAUCUGACAUACAUUACGGCGGUGGCGCACACCUUUAAUCCCAGAACUCAGGAGGCAGAGCCAGGCGGAUCUCUGUGAGUUCGAGACCAGCCUGGUCUACAGAGUGAGAUCCAAGACAGGCUCCAAAACUACACAGAGGAACCCUGUCUCGAAAAGCCAAAAAAAAAAAUUAAUAAUUUAAAAACAAUGUCAUUUGGUCCCAGUAAAAUCUUUGAAUGCUCUUUGGUUUAUAAGAUGAAAUGUCUUAUUAUUAAUUUUACUAAUAUUUACUUCAUUCAGAUGCUUUCUAACAAAGAUACUUGGUCACUAUAUCAAGAUCUUUGUUUUUCAUUUGUUUCAGAAUAGCUCUUCUGUAGGACAACCCCUUGUUCAAAUGAGAUCACAUUUCCAAGCUUGUAACCAUAUUUUUUAAUUAUUAAUAAAUAUGUGAACCUUGUAAAUUGUCUUUUUGCCUGAAAUGUUUUGCUCCAGUAGCUUAUUUUGUAAUAUAAAAUGGAAUUCAUGAAAAUAUUAAACUUUUUUCAUAUGAAAAACUGUAUAAUCAUCUGUGUUGUCCGUAUUGUCAGUCAUUCACUUAGAAAAUAAUAGAUCAGCAUACUGAAAGUUUUGAUGACUCUACUUUAUAUGCUGAAAUGUUAUUUAUAAUUAAUUUAACUAACAUUUAUUUCAUUUUUUAUCCUACUUAACAGAGAUGUUUGAAAUAUCUUUAUUUAAAUGAGGUCAUUAUAGAUGUGGAAACAUUUGCCCUAAUUAAAAAAAAAUUACCUAUAUAUUCUGGUGCUUUCUACUAGGUUUUAUAUUUUCAUCAUCCUCUUUGGAAUUGAUGUAAUGAGGAGAAAGGAAUAAUUUAUUGUCCUUAUUGUAAAUAUGUGUACAUUAAGGAAACAUCAUGCUACUUGUUAUGGUUUGGAUCUAGAACAGCGCCCCUCCCCCAGGCUCAUCAGUUGACUUGGUCAACUAGUAGCAGCAUACUGGGUGGUAGUAAAAAGCUUAAGAGGUAGGGCCUAGAUGAAGAAAAUACAUCUCUGGUCUUGGGCCCUUGAAAAGUAUAUUGUAACCCCUUCCUCUGUCUCUGUUUCCUGGUUGCCACAAAGUGAGCAGCUUUCUUCCACCAUAAUGUACUACCUGGGUUCUAUAGUCCAAAAAGCAACUGUGCUAAGCACCCAUUCCUAAAGCCCCUAAAAACAUAAAACAAAAUAAACCUUUCUUCUUCUAACUUUAUUGUUCACAGGUAUUUUGUCAUAGCCAGGCCUUUCCUGUUCCAUCAAGAGUGUAGGAUCAUUGCAUUACAGCUACAAACAUGCUUAUCCCUCACCAUUUGGAAAGGACUGACAUGAGUCUCACUUUUGGACAUAGCAGCCCAACCCACUGGGCAGGGAGGACAGGCAGUAUCUUGGUUUUGUUUCUGUUGUACUGGCAGGUAGGUGAGGAAUUCUGUAUACCUUGGUU